GCACCUUAUCGUAUGCUUUAGGUAAAGCAAAGAAAAGCCAAAGCAUCACACAGUACAAAGUUACAAAAACAGGAGGACAAGAACACUCAAAAGUAGAGUAAGAGUCCGAAGCUCUGCUUCCCCUUAGUGAUCGAGUUAGGGUGUGCUGGUACUGAAAAUGGAGUUGGAUAGAAUUAGCAGUUUACCAGAUGAUGUUACAGAAAAGAUUUUGGCAGGUUUGCCGCUUAAGGAGGCAGUAAGGACAAGUAUUUUAUCCAGAAAGUGGAGGCACAAAUCGGACAUGCUUCAAGACCUUGUGUUUAAUAAUACCUGUGUCUCGACUAAAAGUCAUCCAACCUUCAGCUUUGUGAAUAUUGUUGAUCAUGUACUCCUACUCCAUAAAGGUCCCAUACGCAAGUUCAAGCUUUCUUUCACAGGUAAGCUAGCCACUGGGGAUAUAGAUCGAUGGAUUUUUCACCUAUCCAGAAACCCUGUCAUCAAAGAGAUGAUACUUUACAAUUUUGAAGGGGACUUCUACAACAUUCCGUCAUGUUUGUUUUCUUUUCAAGAUAUCAUUCGUUUAGACUUAUUCAAUUGUUUGCUAAACAACCCUUCUUCCACAUUCAAAGGCUUUGGCAGCUUGAAGAGUCUUGAUCUUUGGUAUGUUACUUUGUCCCAAGAUGUUUUUGACAACUUGAUUGGUUGCAGUCCUCUGCUUGAGAUAUUGAAAUUGCAAAUAUGUGAGGGUUUCACCAAUCUCAAAAUUGAUGCACCGAAGCUCCGGUUUAUUUGCAUAGAAGGGGACUUCGAAGAUUUUAACCUCGUGGGUUCCUCAAAUCUUGUGGAUGCUUCCUUUGAUUUGCAGGUCAUUGUUGAUCAAAGAGGGAAUUGUAAUAGUUUUGGGAAUUUGCUCAAGUUUUUUGAUCACCAGCUGCCUCAAAUUCAAAGGUUCACAAUAAAGAGAAACUUUCUAAAAUACUUGUCUAUUGGUGCCUUGCCAGAGAAGCUCCCUAAACCAUGCCAAUAUCUCAAUUUUGUUUCUUUAGACAUGAACUUUGACAAUCCGGAUGAAAUUUCAACUGUCUUAUGCUUUCUGAGAAGCUCUCCUGCUCUACAAGAACUGAAAAUUUUGGUCAGUUUUUUUAUGCCGAAGCUCUUGUAGGUGGACCCUGAAAAGGAUCACGCUGCUGUGGGAGAAGUGGAAUCUUAUUUAUAUGACAACUACAACUGUGCAUACACUCAACUGCGGCUUGUGGAAAUAACCAAGAUCUCUGGUGUAAAAGCUCAACUAGAUUUCAUCGAAUCUCUGCUUCUAAGUUCACCUGUGCUUGAGAGAAUGACUGUUCAACCUGCUUCUGUCGAUGGUUUUUUGAAGCUAGUAAAAGAUUUACUUCUGUUUAAGCGUGAUUCAAAGCGUGCAGAGAUAAUGGUUUUGGACCCAUAAUUCAUGAAUGAGAGUUGCACCAGCUGAGAGGACUUUCUUGAAGAAAUGAAUGUAGGCUUGGAGUUGUACAAUUUGCUAUUAGUCUUUACGUAUGAUGUAUGUUUGUUUGUUAAGAAAAGUUCUCAUGUUUUCCAUCCAAAUUUCCACCGAAGUGUGAAAUUUGCUUAUCAA